AUGAGUCAUUCAAAUCAUAAUAGCACGAAUGAUUACAUGAUCCUCUCCUCUCCGCAAACUUUGUUUACAAAAAAUUCAAACUUGUUGAAACCAACUUCGUCUUCUUCGUUGCUGUCAGUUGCCACAAGUUCAAGCGGAGGUUCAUUAACAUCCACUUCAUUGCCUAAUCAUGGUUCUCAUCAUCCUCAUGGACAAGGAUUGAUGGGAGGUUUGUUAUCGGUUUCAUCAUGUUUGACAGGUACAAGUGUUUGUUCGGCUCCGUCAGAAGCAUCGUCGCUGUCACUUGUCUCUUCAGUGGAUGCACUUGAAGAUUCUUAUUUGUUGCCACAACAAUUUCUAGAAGAUGAUUUCAAUGGCAUUGAUUCCAAAAACAUUUGUCAGUGCUGUUCUUUUCAACAAGCCCAACAUCCUUCAAAUGUCAAAGAGAGUCAUUCCCAUGUAAAUAACCUUGAAAACAAUGGAACCAAUGAAACUCUUCAAGAAGAAGAUGAUGAAGAAUCUCAUCACGAACCUCACCAUGACAUUCAGAGUUGGUGGAAAUUCGAAAUUUUCCACAUUCAUCAAUCCCUCUCACCAGCUGUCACUAAUCAAACACCAGGAACCACAAAUUCCUCUUCAUCCAUCGAAGAUGACAACCUUAAUUCUCCAAACUUAUUCACUCCCUCUUGUUCUUCUCCGCCCAUCUCCUCUUCCCCACUUUUCAUGAGCCCUUCUCCUCGAGGUGGAAAUUCACAAUCUUCAUCUCCAACUAUUCCAUCGUUGAUGCAAGUGAAUGAAAAUGAACAUUUUUUAGAAGCUCUGUAUUUGAAUCGAAUGUCAAAUGCCAUUCAAAGAAAACAAAAGAAAUUGACUCUUUCAUUACGUCGUUCAAAUUCUUCAACAACAAUGAAUAGAGAAUUCACUCAUCAUGAAGAAGAAUAUUCAUCGAAUGAUGACUCCAUAGGUCCACAAAUUGUCACCUUUGUCUUGUCAGAAUUGAAAUUGGAUGAAUUGGUGCAUUCGAAAUUGGCAAGUACGAGAACCCUAUUGAUGCAUUUGGCAGCUCGACAUAAUCGAUUGGAUAUUUUGGAAUUUUUAAAAUCGUGCUGUUGUGAUGAAAAGUGUGAACGACAGUCGUGUCUUCAAUCUACGUGCAAUUCCUAUUCUCCUCAAUCUCCACAAGUAAUGAUAAGUGACAGUAACCAUGAAUCAAACUCGAUACAAAAUCAGCACUCUCAUAUUCAGCACUCUUCUUCGUGUCUCUCACGACGCAUUGCUUUAUGGACUUCGACUGACUCGAAUGGAUGUACUCCACUGUUUUACGCCUGUCAAGGUUGUUCCACUUGUCAUGCGCAUGACUGUUGUGUCUUUUUAUUGGUUCAACUUCAAUCGUUAAUGCAACAUGCGAAUAAUCUUCACAAUGGAUCGAUUGUCAUUCAUCAAGCUGAUCGAUUUGGAAAUCUUCCAAUUGCCAUGGCUUUUAAGAAACGAGAUUGGAAAAUGUGUGAUUUAUUGCAAUUAUUUGGAGCUUCGUUAGAUGCGAAUCAUGGAUCGUUUGGAGAGAGUCUUCUUCACACAAGUGUGAGAGAUUUAGAUUUCUCUCGAGUCGAGUAUUUGAGUCGACAUUGUCAAAAGUCAAUUCUUAAAAAGAAUCAAAAAGAUGAAAAUUCACUUUUUGCAUGUUUAAAAGACUAUCGAGUGGCACAAGCUUGUUCAGCAAGUUCCUUAGCAGAAUAUCACAAACAAGCAUUCUCUCCCUUUCGAACUCUUGUCAAUAAGAGUGCACCCAAAGAAAUUCGAUGUCAAUUCAUUCAACAAUUACUCGAAAAUGGAAAUGAAUUAUUUGGAAGAGAAACAUUCGAAAAGGCACUUGUAAUGAAAAAUCAACAUGGAAGAAAUUUCUUUUCAGAAGCAGUGGCUUUUGGAGAUGUUUUAGCCAUCAAGACCAUUCUCAAUUAUUUCACAUUACAAUAUUUGGUGAAUGUAUCUUCGAGACAUUACGAGAAAUCACGUGAAAAUCAUCGAAAGUUGUUGGACUCGCUUAUUUUUUCUAAAGAUCGACAAGGAAAGAAUAUUUUACACUUGUCUCUGGAAUUUGCAAUGAAACGAAUGAACAAAUUUAAUCGAGAGGAUUAUCAAUCGUGGUUGGAAAAUUGUAAUGGAAAAUCACCGAUGGAAUAUAUUGAUUUUGAAAUUUCAUCUAAUUUGGAAUGUGACAAGCGAUGGGUCAAUGCUUUGGAUUUAUUGAAAUGUUUUGAACACAAAUAUGUGGCAGCACGAACUUUGGAAUCCAUUCAUGGAAUUACAACUCAUGCCAAUGUCAUUAUGACUCCAAAACAUAAGAAGGGAAUUUUGUCAAGUCUCUUUAUUUCAAGUCAAAUGUCAGAAGAGGAUACCGUGCAGCCAAGAAAAUUGUCAGCGAGUAGUAGAAGUAAUAGUGGCAGCUUAACCUUGGGUUCAACCAAUUCCUCAUUGACAACGAAUUCAACGAGUUCCUUUAUGUCUGGAUCUUCCAUGAGUAGUGACAGCUCCAGUCAAUUUUCAUCUUCACAUCGCAAAGCAAGUUCAUUGUCUUCUCAAUUAUUGAUUGGUUCGAAUCAGAGUCCUCAAUGCCAACACCAUGGAAAUGUAUUGAAAGAAUUUAUGAGGAAAUUGUCCAUGAAAAAACAAUAA